AUGGCCACGUCUAUACUUGGGGAAGAGCCGCGCUUCGGAACGACCCCGUUGGCCAUGCUGGCGGCGACCUGCAACAAGAUCGGCAACACGAGCCCGCUGACGACGCUGCCGGAGUCGAGCGCUUUCGCCAAGGGCGGCUUCCAUCCCUGGAAGCGCUCCUCGUCCAGCUGCAACCUCGGCUCCAGCCUCUCGGGCUUCGCCGUGGCCACCGGCAGCCGCGGCUCAGGCGGCCUGGCGGGCGGCUCUGGCGCAGCCAACAGCGCCUUCUGCUUGGCCUCCACGUCCCCCACGUCGUCCGCUUUCAGCAGCGACUACGGCGGCUUAUUCUCCAACUCGGCAGCGGCCGCGGCCGCGGCGGCCGGGGUGUCCCCGCAAGAGGCGGGCGGCCAGUCGGCCUUCAUCUCCAAGGUGCACACGACGGCGGCCGACGGCCUGUACCCGCGCGUGGGCAUGGCGCACCCGUACGAGUCGUGGUACAAGUCAGGCUUCCACUCAACGCUGGCGGCGGGCGAGGUGACCAACGGCGCGGCGUCGUCGUGGUGGGACGUGCACAGCAGCCCAGGCUCGUGGCUGGAGGUGCAGAACCCCGCUGGGGGGCUCCAGAGCUCGCUGCACUCGGGCGCCCCCCAGGCCUCGCUGCACUCGCAGCUCGGCACCUACAACCCCGACUUCAGCUCGCUCACGCACUCGGCCUUCAGCUCCACGGGCCUCGGCUCCUCGGCCGCCGCCGCCUCGCACUUGCUCUCCACCAGCCAGCACCUGCUGGCCCAGGACGGCUUCAAGCCGGUGCUGCCCUCCUACUCGGACUCCAGCGCCGCCGUGGCGGCCGCCGCAGCCAGCGCCAUGAUCUCGGGCGCCGCGGCCGCCGCCGCCGGGGGGAGCUCGGCGCGCUCGGCCCGCCGCUACUCCGGCCGCGCCACCUGCGACUGCCCCAAUUGCCAGGAGGCGGAGCGGCUGGGCCCGGCCGGGGCGAGUCUGCGGCGCAAGGGCCUGCACAGCUGCCACAUCCCGGGCUGCGGCAAGGUGUACGGCAAGACGUCGCACCUGAAGGCGCACCUGCGCUGGCACACGGGCGAGCGGCCCUUCGUGUGCAACUGGCUCUUCUGCGGCAAGCGCUUCACGCGCUCGGACGAGCUGCAGCGGCACCUGCGGACUCACACGGGCGAGAAGCGCUUCGCCUGUCCGGUGUGCAAUAAGCGCUUCAUGCGCAGCGACCACCUGAGCAAACACAUUAAGACGCACAACGGGGGCGGCGGGGGCAAAAAGGGCAGCGACAGUGACACGGACGCCAGCAACCUGGAGACGCCCCGCUCCGAGUCCCCCGACCUCAUCCUGCACGACUCCGGCGUCAGUGCCGCCCGGGCGGCGGCGGCGGCGGCGGCGGCGGCGGCGGCGGCGGCGGCCUCGGCAGGAGGCAAGGAAGCCGCGUCUGGCCCCAACGACUCUUAG